AUGAUCGAAGAAAGUUUCGAGGAUGCUCAAAACCCAACUGAAAUAACAACUACAACAAGAUCAGCUUCCAAUCCAGAAGACGAUUCUCUUUCCAUCAUUGAAAUCAUCCUCCUUGCGAUAUUCAGCUUUGUCGCUUUUACGGCAGUUGUCUUGCCUCCCCUGACUUGCUUUUCAAAGAAGAAUUUAGCUCAGUUUGCAACUUUUUAUUUUACUGUUUUGAUUGCCGUCGCUCUGACUGGGACACAACUUGGAUUCUAUGUUACUGAUAAAUUCGAUGAUAACACAUUUUACGGAUCUUUUGGUCUCACGAUUUUCUUUGCAAUCUCAUCCUCUAUCGCAGUCAUGAAAUAA